AUGGACGAAAUUUCUAACCCAGUUGGAAAAAAAGACAGCUUUAAUCUCUUUGAUAUCAAACGCCAAGCCCGUCGUGCUGGCCGCCGCGACUCACAAGGUGCUUCGAGGUGGAACCCCUUCGGACUGAUUCAGUUUGAUACGCCGAAGCGAAGGAAUACGGCCAACGACGCAGAGACUGGAACGUUACGACCCAGCGAUGAUGGCCCUGGCCAACUUGGACACCGAAGCACAGCACCAGAUCGACUACACACGCCAAUCGCUGAGCGGGAAGGGUCGCGAACAAGCAAGGAUAGUGAGGUGCCAGGUUCGUCUGGCGAGACGCAAAACACCAACCCCUUCGCUUCGCAGGUUACGACGGCGGAAAACAACAGUACCAAUACCACCACGAACACCAACGCCAACGGUGGCUUAAGGAACCGAAGACAUGGCGAGGCAGAUGGUACAGUUGGCGAUGAGGAGCCCGAGAAGCCAAAGAAGAAAACGGGCAUCUUUAAAGAUGUAAAACCAAAGGAAGGCGAUCCUUUUACCCUCAAGAACCAACUUCAACGCACGUUUUUGAAUUCUUGGAUCAACAUCCUAAUCCUUGCGGCUCCCGCCGGCAUUGCCCUAAACUACGUUGGUGCCGAUGGCAAGAUCGUCUUUGCCGUAAACUUCAUCGCUAUCAUCCCACUGGCAGCCAUGCUAAGUUUUGCGACAGAGGAGAUUGCGCUAAGGACGGGGGAGACGCUUGGUGGCCUUAUCAACGCCACCUUUGGUAACGCUGUCGAGUUGAUUGUGGCCGUCAUGGCACUGUUGAAGGAUGAAGUACCUAUUGUGCAGACCUCGCUCAUCGGUAGUAUCCUUUCCAAUUUGCUCCUGGUUCUGGGCAUGUGCUUCUUUGCUGGUGGUGUGAACCGCCGAGUUCAGUUCUUCAACAAAACAGUAGCCCAGACGGCAACCAGCCUUCUCGCCUUAGCCGCCGCAUCGGUCAUCGUGCCAACCGUUUUCAGAGAUGUAGCCCAGACGGAAACGGGUCAGGAUGUAGCUGCACUGUCUCGUGGCACGGCCGUCAUCCUGCUCUUCGUAUAUGGCGGGUACUUAUUUUUCCAACUCAAGACGCACAGUAAGGUAUACAAUGAGACAUCCCAGAAGGCUGAUACGGUACCCAUGCCGUGGCACAAGGAAAGGGAUCUUGGUGUUCUCGCCAAGGCCGGGGGCCAAAUGGGUGCUGUGGCACAGAGCGGCCAAGGAAGAAAUACUCACGAGGAUGGGACACCGGUCGAUCUUCUCAACAUGCAAGUUGUGGAGGAAGAGGAAGAGGAAUACCCCCAACUUGCCUUUUGGGUUGCGGUUGCGACGCUAACCAUUUCCACCGUCAUCAUCGCUUUUUGCGCUGAAUUCAUGGUCGACGGCAUCCAAGAUAUUACUGCGACGGGGGCCAUCAGUGAAGAAUUCAUUGGUCUCAUUCUGCUCCCCAUUGUGGGCAACGCAGCCGAACACGCUACUGCGGUCACGGUUGCUAUCAAAGACAAAAUGGACCUGGCCAUCGGUGUUGCGGUCGGAUCGUCGAUGCAGGUCGCGCUUUUCCUGAUUCCUCUGCUUGUCAUCAUCGGAUGGGGCAUCGGCAAUGAAAAGAUGACGCUUGCUUUUGAUUUGUUUCAAAUCACUGUUAUGUUUGUGUCAGUCCUACUGGUUAACUAUCUGAUUGCCGACGGUGAAAGUCAUUGGCUAGAAGGGAUGUUACUGGUAUGUCUGUACGCCAUUAUAGCUGUCUGUUCCUUCUUUUACCCCACUGCGGACACAGCGACUGCAAGUUGA